AUGAGUAAUAAUACAGUACACAUUAGAUUCAAGGUGAACUAUUACACUCGAUUGGGUCAAGAAGUUUACAUUUGUGGAUCAUCUGAAGAAUUGGGCAAUUGGGUAGAUGCAGAAGCAAAGAAGUUGAGAUAUGGAGACAAUGGUGAUUGGGAGAUUAUCGUUGAAUUCAAAAAGACUUCUACUGAUCAAGUACUCAACUACAAGUACUUUAUCAUGGACACUAAUGCUGACAAGAUUUGGGAAGGUGGUCCAAAUCGUACUCUUGACGUUUCAAUCUGUGAUCCAUUCUAUACUCAUGAAGUUAGAGAUACCUAUCAAAGUCCAUCAUCUGCUGAAAAUACUUUCCUCAAAUCAUCAUUCUUUAGAGAUGUUUAUUUCAGACGUACACCAGAAGAUGUUAAAACUUACAAUCAUAUUCCAACUAAUUCAAAGGAUAAAGUAGUAGUUAGAUUCCAAGUAAAGAGUACAUGUGUUACACCACAUCAUUCAGUUUAUAUUGUUGGUAGUAAUACAACACUUGGUAAUUGGAGAACAGAACGUGCUAUUCGAUUGGCCGACGACAAUUAUCCAAAUUGGCGUGUCGACCUUGAAUUUACAAAGGAUCAACUCCCAUUCUCCUACAAAUACAUUAUCACUGACGACACGACCAAGUCACACGUGCAUUGGGAGCAAGGAAGCGACCGUUGGUUUACCAGCAGCAUUUUGCAUGCCUCUGACUACUCAAACGCCGUCAAUGAGGACCGUGUCUACUUUUUCAACGAUGGUGAUUUCAAGGAAUCCAACUUGAUCAGAACCUCUGGUGUAGCCGUACCAGUGUUUUCACUUCGUUCCAAAAAAGGUCUCGGUGUUGGUGAAUUCAACGAUAUCAAGGCACUCAUUGACUGGGCCUCUGCCACUGGAAUGCACAUGAUCCAAAUUCUUCCAAUCAACGAUACCUCUGUCUAUUACACAUGGCGUGACUCUUAUCCAUACAGUUCAGUAUCUGUAUUUGCUCUUCACCCAAUCUAUAUCAACAUUGAAUCUGUCUCUAGUGAUCCAGAAAUUCUAUCAAUCAUCAAUCAACAUCGUGAUAAAUUAAAUGCUUUACCACAUAUUGAUUAUGAAUCUGUUAUUACAUUAAAAUUAGAUUUAUUAAAUAAGAUUUAUGGAAAGGAAAAAUCAAAACUUGCAACUGAUAAGGGUCUUUUUGAAUUUGUUCAAGAAAAUGCCAAAUGGAUUAAACCAUACGCACUUUACAUGGUAUUGAGAGAACAAUUCAAAUCUUCUGAUCAUUUCUCUUGGCCAGAACAUAAAUCAAUUGAUAAAGAAACAAUUGAAAAAUUAACAUCAAAGAAUGAAAAGUAUUGGGAAAAGGUACAAUUUUAUUACUUUGUUCAAUACCAUUUACAUUUACAAUUAUUAAGUGCAUCGAGAUAUGCAGUUGAAAAUCGUAUUGGUCUCAAGGGUGAUCUACCAAUUGGUGUAAGCAGACAAAGUGUUGACACUUGGGUAGAACCAGAGUUGUUCCGUUUGAACAUGUCAACUGGUGCCCCACCAGAUGCCUUUGCCGAUGAUGGUCAAAACUGGGGAUUCCCAACCUAUGAUUGGGACAGAAUGAAGUUGGACAAUUAUGGUUGGUGGAGAGCUCGUCUUGGUCAAAUGUCAAAGUAUUUCCAUGCCUAUCGUAUCGAUCAUAUCUUGGGUUUCUUUAGAAUUUGGGAAAUCCCAACUGAACAAUUAACUGGUCUCUUGGGUCACUUUAAUCCAUCCCUCCCAUUAUGGAGAUCUGAAUUAUCAAAUAAUGGUAUUUGGGAUCUUGAUAGAUUAACCAAACCAUAUAUUAGAUAUCAUACUUUACGUGAACAAUUUGGUGAAUAUUCAGAUACAGUUGCAAAGAAAUUCUUAAAAGAAUAUUCUCCCAAUUGUUUUAAAUUAUUACCACAAUUUGAAACUGAAAGACUUAUUGAUACAAACCUUGAAAAAGAUGAUCAAAUGUAUAAACCAGGAUUAUUAAAAUUAGUUCAAAAUGUUAGUUUAUUAAAGGAUCAAGAUGAUGAGAAUAGAUACUAUCCGAGAAUUGAAAUCAACAAGACUACAUCAUUUAAUGAAUUGUCAGAUGAUUUAAAGGCAACUCUCUACCGUAUGUACAUCUCGUACUACUUUGAAAGACAAGAGGAGCUUUGGACUCAGAUCGGUAUGCAACGUUUGCCAGCUAUCCGUGACUGCACCAGAAUGUUGGUUUGUGGUGAGGAUCUUGGUAUGGUACCAAAGUGUGUAGAGCCAACCCUCAAGAACCUUGGUAUCCUCGGUUUGCGUAUCCAACGUAUGCCAUCCGAGAGCGCCAAGGAGUUCUACCAUCCAUCAGAGUACUCUUAUCUUACGGUCAACACUACAUCGUCACACGACAUGUCAACUCUUCGUGGAUGGUGGGAGGAAGACAGAACUCGCUCACAAAACUUUUACAACAACAUCUUGGGAAUGUAUGGUGAAGCUCCCUACUUUUGCGAGCCAUAUGUUACCGAGGCCGUCAUUGUCCAACAUCUUCAAUCGCAGUCGAUGAUCUCUAUCUUCCCAUUGCAAGACUGGUUUGGUCUGUCUUCCGAGCUCUCGUCCCGUGACCCCAAGGAGGAAAAGAUUAACGAGCCAUCCAAUCCAUUCCACUAUUGGAGAUACAGAUGUCACGUCAAUUUGGAAGACCUUUUGGAAAACCAAGAAUUCAACAAGACUAUCCAAAGAUUAAUUAUCUCUUCAAACAGAAAGCUUGAAGAUACCAAUAAUUAA